AUGAAGUCGAAGGUCGCGCCAGAGGACUCACUGGAGCCCGCAUGCCAUCUCGAAUUCUUUCACUGCUUCUCGCCGGGGACGGACAAACAGCAAAUGCAGGAUGAAGCAAUGCCAGCAGGUGUUGAGCGGGAAAUGCGCGUUAUGUACCAGCAACCUCAUUUGGUGCCGCCAAUGAAGCUCACUGUCUUCGACGAGUUGCCUCCCACUCCCACGCCGCCUCUGCCGUCUCAGCUUUCGCAAUGGGUCUCGCAGGGCAAGGCCUCGCUCAGAUCCAGUCUGUCGAUCCGGAGACAUGCCUCGAAGCCAUCUAUUUCAGCUCCGCAACCACCUCUGCCUCCUUCGCAGCAGCUACCCCUGCGGCGGGCCGGCCAGGAUUAUCGUCCGCUCGAGCUCAGCAUCUACAUGCCCAGCAAUCGACUAUCCGACCUACCGGCUUUUGAUCGACUGAGUUUCACAGAGGGUGGGGAGAUCAAACUGCCCCCUCGAGCACUCGUGCGCACAAAGUCGGAAGAAUUCGUCCCGCACAAGAUCUCGAUGAUGCCGGCGGCGGUCAAGCCUGCUUCGAUGAUUGAGCAGCGACGUGCGUCGCUUGUGCGCCCUGACACAUCGUCCACGGUCAUCGCCAUAUCAAGACCACCUUCAGAGUACGACGCGCUGCACUCUCAUCCGGUUUCGUGGGCUUCGCUUCCCGGAUUGCCUCCCCAGAUCCACUUCCCCGGCGUUCGAUCGGAAGCCUCUGUGGCCGUGCUUACUCCCAUGCAAGAAGAGUUCAGCCCUGGGCCGACCUCGGUCGCUAUUGGUGACACCGUAUUGGACUUCCCCAGUGUCGUCGACGUAGCGGCAGAACAUCAGGGCGAAGUGCCUCCCGAGGCUCCAGCGCCCCCACCGUCGGUGCCUGCCGCGCCUUCCAGGAAUUUCUCCAAGCCGGCGGACAUGAACUCGCCGUCCGGCUACUUCCACCCCAACUACCAGACACAGCGAAGAAUCUCACAAUGGCUUGCUCAUCGCACUUCCUCGUCGAUCAGCACCACGAAGUCCUCGUCGACCUCUUCGUCCUUUGCCGAGCACCGUCGGAAACGAUCGCAAUUCUACCAGCUGUCGGCCACUGCCGCACCACCGCCGAAGCCGUUGCCGCUUUGGCCACGUCAACACCAAAGGACAAUGACCGAAUCCACCAUCGCUAGUACCGUGGAUACGGACAUCCUGUCCCAAGGCGACCAGAGCCAGACGGAUGCAACAAGCGUGACUACAUACUCGGAGAAUCUGCAGAGCCGAUCGGGAACGGUGCGAAGUGUGGCCAAGAGCGGACUGAGACCGAUCGUCAGCGGUGUGCCCGAUAUGCCACCCUGCUACGCGGAUAUCGUCAACGGCAAUUACGACAUUCUGAUCAAGGAGAUUGGUGGCCCCCUGCGAAGUCCUGGCGUUGGUGUCGCUUUCUAA